AUGGCUCCAUCUGGAUCAGGAAAUAGUACUGUUUUUUCAAGGGAAAUUCGAGCUGCAGCACAAAUGGAAUCUACUAGGAACUCUCGUGUUGAGAGAAGACCGAAAGGGUUUUACACUGCAGAUAACUGCAAGGAGCAAUUGGCCAGAAUUAUGGCUGAGCCAUGUCCCUCUGACGUGCCCACAGGGACGGGAUAUAAUAGGACGGCCAUCGUAGAUGAAUGGAUUAAGCAUUACAGUAAACUAGAGGAGCGAUUGAUGGCUGCAUGGGGUCAUCGAGAAAAGUUUACUACAGAACAAUUGGAAGCCAUGUUAGAAAGUAUUAAAAAGGAGGAAAAAGAAAUUUACAUUUGGAGUUCAACACAAAGCUGUCAGGAUCUGCAUGAGGUAUUUACAACUAGUCCUUUUUCGGUCGAAUACGACGAAGAAGAAGCUGAGAAACAAGAACGUGUCGGAGUGAUUUAUUACAAGCACGUGGCUGAUCUGUUCUAUAAGCAGCGACAUAAGACUAUUCCGCCAUCUCCUGGUCGACACUCAUCAUCAGGGCCGGCUGAUCACAAAUCAAAUGAUUUGGACACCGAGCGGCAUUCUCCUGACAGUUGUGCACUUAAAUCUCCAGUUGCGGACUCCUCUCAUGGGACGAGUGGUGGAGGAGAUAUGCAUCUUCUAAACUUGGAAAAUGAUCAAGUGGAAAAAAUGGAGGUGGAUGAACCUGCUGUGUCAUCGGAAUUAGACGCUUCUAUGGAUUCACCAUCAAAAGAUCUGUCGCAAGGUGACCAUUGUUCAAAACGUCUUCGUGGCCGACUGUCCAAAAAAGAUCCUUCGACACCACCUCGAGAGUCGUCGCCAUCUAUCGCGAAUAACUCAGAAGAGGCGAAGUCACCUACACGAUCUGAGACGCUUCGCAGUGGUGGUCGCAAUGAAUCGACACUAACACCAGUUACGCCAGAAAAAGAUGCUAUUCAAGUCGUCGAUAGUCCGGCUGGCCGCGUAAGAGGUGCUCGUCGACCGGCACCAGUAGAUUCUCCACUUCUCAGUAAAACUUCUAGCAGUGGCCGAACAAGCUCUGGCGCAGAUCUUAUGGAUGUAAAGGAGGGAAGUAGAGAGCGAGAUACCGCAAAAAGACGCCUCAGUACAGACGUGGGAACUCAUCUAACACUUUCCCCACCGCCAAAUUUGGUAGUAGAUGAGUCUGGUGGCACAGCUACCCAAACAGCUAUUUCUAUUCAGGCUCGCUUGAGCCCUGGUUAUGGUGGAAACGUUGUCGCAAGUCGAAAAUCUUCUCGACAUGAUCGUCGAAGUUCAAAUGCGACAAGUACAAUAGGUUCAGGAUUGAGUCGCUGUGAUGUUGCUGUGGAGACUGAUCCAGUUAAAAUUGAUUUUGAUGAAAAUCUCUCCGUUCAAUCACCGCUGAGUGAAAUGAUGCUGAUACCCAACGCAUCGAUACCAUCUUCUAGCACUAACAGUGAUAGAGACGUCGUAGUAAAAGCGGUACACUGUGAAAAUGACCAAAGUUCAAGAGUGGUAGCUUGGGACGACAUUCUAAAUAGCAAUAUCUCUAGAAAGUCGUACCGUAUUAGUUUUCCAGAGGAUAGAACUCAACUUUUUGAAGUGUCCUAUUCUGAUUUAAGCGAAGAAGCUUGGCAAGUUGCAAAGAACUUUGCUCUUUCCAAGAGCUUAGGCGAGAAGAGCAGUUUAUCACUGCAUGUAUGUUCUCCAUCAAAAAGGAUGCGUAGAGAGGAGAAGUCAGGAUCAGUACUUACUCCGAAGGGCAGAAUGAUGUCAACGUGGAAUUUACUGCACGAACAUAGACAUUCCGCCAUCUUUCUUCACCCUGUUACUGAUAGAGAUGCGCCGGGAUAUAGCAAUAUUGUAAAUUGUUCUGUCGAUUUGACCACAUUGAGGAAAGAAAUAGAUGGUGGAACUACCCUGAAUCCGAAUAUGUUGCUGAGAAAGGUGUUUAUGAUGUUUACGAAUGCUGUGAUGUUUAAUAGCACUGGUCAUGAUGUGAAUUUCUAUGCGAAGGAAAUGUGCAAGGAUACCGUAGUCGAAUGUUGUUUCACGGUCAUAAAUGCUGCGCAGGAUAUGAAAAUCACGAAAAUCGCUCUAAAAAAGAAGAAGAAAGUGCGAAUUCAUGAAGGAAUAGACGUGCUAUCUGAUGAGAAGCACCUUGCCCAAGGUGAAACACAAAUGAAUCCGCGAGAGUGGAUGCCAAUUAGGCGGGGACCUGGUGUUCGUCAUGAGCAUCGUUUCCUUUUCGAAUCGAACAACUUUGCUUCUCGUGUUGGCGGACUUGCCCAUGGAAAGGAGGACUGCGGAAGCGAGCAGGACGGGAACGAUCAGGAGCGCGGUGGCGAUCAGCGAGCAGCUGAGCAGCGAGACGCAGCUGCCGGCGCUGCUACUCCGUUCUGA